AUGGAUUCUGCUAGCACUGUGUUAACUGGAGAACGCUUGCGAGCCUACUCAGCUGCGGCUGACAAGGCAUUAGCGCAAGUGAAAGGUGCAUUAGAAAAGAAGCAAAAGGAGCUGCAGGAGUACGACAGUCUCAUUUAUCGGCUUGAGGAGAUGCCCAAAAAGCGAUCUGAACCCGUCAUGUGCCCUAUAGGCUCAGUUGGCUUUCUUCCUGCGACUAUUGUUCAUACGAAUGAAAUACUUAUUGGCCUGGGUGAUGGAUACUUCGUAGAUACCACAGCAUAUCAUGCUGCAGAGAUCUUAAAAAGACGGAAAACUGUUGUGGAAGACAAUAUCGCCGAUCUACAUCAGCAUGAAAACAUAAUCACGCAGCAGAUUGCUUUUGCCAAAGAGAUUUUCGAGCAUCAAGGCAAUUCCGAUGAAGUGGAGAUUCGAGAAGAGUAUGACGAAGAGAAAGAAGAAGAGUUGAGAAAAAAGCGCAGAUCUAGAAUACCAGCAAAUCGUCCCGUUACCAAGACCGUAGCUGAUGUCAAAGCCGAGGCUGAAAUGAUGAGAAGGUUAGAGGAGUUAGAGCAGCAGGAGCGGAUGAAUGGUGAACUCAAUACCGAUUCUGACGACGCAGAUGAAGCCGAUUCACUCAAACAUUCCAACCAGUCCUUUCAGGACAAAAGCAAGGAAAUCGAAGAACCAAAACGACCUCUAUUAAAUCCGGUUCCCAGUCAAUCUGACAAGCCCUCGAGUGUAGCUUCAGCCACCGGAUCUGUUGAAUCCACCCGAGUAACUUGCCCAGGCGAAGAAAUUAAAGACUUGAAGCCAGGAAGAGAGAAGAGUUCUACGGUGGAAGCUCAAGUGAUUGACAAAACAGUGCAGGAAGAUGGACUAUCAGUGGGUGUGUUCAGUGGCGAGGAUCUUAUCAAGGCGCUAGCUGAGCAAGACCAGGUGUAUGAUGAAGCAGAUCAAGUCUGUCAGCCCCCUCGUGGAGUUGACCCGAAGGAUUUCGAAGAAGCUUCGUCAGGAAUUGGUUAG